CUUAACAGUUUUGACUACUAUGAGCAACAGGUCACAGCGACGUCGUAGCAGCCAGUUUAAUGUGGUUUACCUUUGCCUGCAAUUGCGUCUGUCAUCUCGGGGUCUAAAUCAAACAGCAUGGCCAAACAGAGAAGUUAACAGAAUUUGAGUUUGCAGCCAUCCAAAUACAUACAAUGUUGAAAUGGAAUGUUUUAAUUGUCGUUCUCAUAGUAAUAAAACUGCGAUGGGUUGCCCCCCCCCGUCCUGGGUUGUUCCCCACCUCGUGCCCGUAGCUUCCGGGAUAGGCUCCAGACCCCCCGCGACCCAGAAGGAUAAGCGGUUUGGAAAAUGGAUGUAUGGAUAGUAAUAAAGGAAAAAUAAUCUUCAUUGACGUUUGUUACAGAUACAGAGCAAAAUUUACUUAGAAGCCACGUUUUUUUAAACCAGUUAUCAAUAUUAUAAGUAAAAUACAGUCCGUCAUGAACAGCUUUGUAGUUGUGGACAUAGAACUAUUCCAUAACAUUCUGUGCUAAUACUUUGCUUUUAAUUGGGCGACUUUCACGCUAAAUGUCUGUCAAAUGCCCCAGUCUGAUUUCAUCUUUACGAACGCAUACACAUUUGUAGGUUUUUUUGCAUUAAGUCAACAAGUUUAUGAACGAAGUGCAAGGUGUCCAGCGCAUUGGGAGACACUGUCAUACCCAAAUAUCAGUAUAACACACACGUGUAAUAUAAUAAUGAUGCAACUGUUACUAAAGUAACAGUGAAAUAAGGUACUAAUAAAGCGGUCUAUUAUUAUGAUCGUUCGGUAGAUACCGCAACCAGAUCAAAAACUAAUCAAUAUUUUCACGUAAAGAAAAAAAGUUGAUGCUACCCUUUCGACAGCCAAUGACGUCUUCCUCCAAUCGUUCGUGGCACCUCGUAACUCUGACCAGUAGGUGGUGCUGUUUCAUUGUCUGAGGUGCUGCGCUGAAGUUCCCAUAUGCAUCCUAGAAAUUCAGAACUUUCUACAAUCCUACCGUUUAAGUAAUGUAUAUGAAAACAACUGACCACACAUUUUAAUUGGUGGUCUGCAUUACAAAUUAUGUAAACAUGUACAUUGAAUAACUUUCGCUACUUCAUUUUAAUUUUAUGUGAAUGAAGUGGUUAAUAAACGCAAAUAUUAAUAUUCUGGGUAUAAUCAACACUUGAAUUGCAUGUUUACGAAGCUUUGUCGUUAACAAAAUAUGACACGUUAAUUAUGUAAAUUUUGGCACUGAUCUAUUAAUUGUUUUAUCCUUAUUACAGAAUGUUGCAUAUAGUAAAUAUGCAUCCAACAGAACGCUGGUUUGUUUAAAUUAAAUGCAAUAGUAAUUCAUUAACUCCCAGGAUCAGUACCCUAGAUACGAAGUGAAGGACUGACCCAUUUUGUUGUGCUUUCUGAAGUACAGUAACUUGACAUUGAGGAACCAUUUCUCUAGAUAGCCGAAAUUCUCCGUUAAAAUCGAGGAAGGUUCUCAGUAUAACAUCUUGCUAAUGUAUUUUAAUGAGUUUACUGUUGUGAUUUCGUUUUUAAAAAUAGGAUUUCAAAAAAUAUAUUGGAGGAAAAAAACAGAAGUGGUGGAAUGCCGUUGGGUACAGAAUGUUCUCUUGCACUUCCUGCUGAAAACCACACUGCAGUACUGUGAACAACAGGCUCUUGGUGGGUGUGCGCGCAAUUCGAGUCUAAGUUAUCGUAAUUUUGUGAGCGUACAAAGGUGAUAGCGCUGUUCUAUAUUUAGUUUUAAUAGUUGUCCUGUGAAAUUAUCCUAGGACAUUAACCUACCUACUGUGCGUAUGUGUGAAGGAGGAUAUGUGGUUGAUUUGACUGCAUGUAAACGAUUCUCGAGCAUUGUGCGGCUAUUCCUAAUGCACAGCACUGGAUUUUUUUUAACGCUCCAUCAAUUAAGCGGGCAUUAACGUAAUUAAUUGUGUUGUUGGGAAUUGUUCAGGUUCAGAUGUCAAUAUUAUAAACACGCACCGCCUCACGGGACGCGUGUUUUCACUCUUCCCUUGCACUGCAGCCCCGCCCACACGUGCGACACGUUAAAUGUAGCUGCUGCAUUGUCACUGAAGUGUUAAGCGGCAUGUGCUUGACCACGUGAAAGACUUCGACUACCAACGGAUUAAAAACGACACGGUGUCUGUAAACAGAAUUAAAAUAGUUGUGUUCGUGUAUACAACUCCCGAAUAAUAUUUUUUGCUAAAAUGCCAUGCAUCCUUCUUCUAACCACUUAGCCCUAUCAAGGGUAGUGGAGGGGGGAAAUACUGUUCACUAAAAUACAUUUCUGCAAGAUACGUUAUUAUUACUGUCUGUAUUGUUACACUCAACAAAAAACUUAACAUGUGCACGGGCAAGGUGCAUUUUAUGAUGUAUUAAUAUGUGAAGUUUCCAGUAUCGCAAGUGAAUAACUGAAUGAAGUUUUGUUUGUUUUACGCCAAACUAGAAGAUCGUCAACAACACGUCACUCAGAUCGAAACAGGAGACGACACUAUAGUAAACAAAUCAUUUUGAUGUAUGCUAAUUUUAAUUGCAAAUUUUCCAGAUACACUAGUUAAUGAGUAUUGUUCAGAUUAAACUGACAGACGUGGUAACUAGCCGCAAAAUGCCUUCAACUUUGGCCGGUGAUGAGCUCUGCAGUAAAUUUGUAAAGUAUGGGACUUGUAUCGAUUCGGGCGUAAAUGAAAAUGAAUAUUCAUGAGGAUGGAUGUAUAACCUAUUGGUGUAAGGAGGCGGUGCUUUUUGGAAGGGGCGUGGUUCCCAUGAAUAACGAAAUUACGUCCACAAUCCGGGGAAUCAGGUCAAGCGCAGGAGUGGUUUGUGGUGUCGGUGUUUUGACAGUCUAAUUCGGAUGUAAGAGCGCACCCAAGGACAAACACGGGUCGGGGCGGAACGGAGGGGCACAUACAUUAGGAGGAAAUUCGCUACUGUCGGGUUGCAUGUGAUCAAGCAGCAGAUUCUUAGUUUGCUGGUGAUCGGUAAGUCAUCUCCCUAGCUGGUCGACAAUGCCCGGGGAGUCGACCGUAACUGUUUCCCUGGAGUCUGUCUCCGGUCCCCCGAGUUCGUUUCCCGUUGUUUUGAAGAAGAUGAUGGAAAUCCCCCCACCAAACAUACUCGAGGACGGUGACGACGAAAAGGACAAGGAUUUGUUAUGCGCAGCAGGAAAUGGAGACUGUGGUGGAGGCGGGGGCAGCGGUGGUAUGGGCCCCUCUGCCUCCUUAACCCCUGCUAUAUGGGAUAAGACCAUCCCUUAUGAUGGAGAGACCUUCCACCUGGAGUACAUGGACCUGGACGAGUUUCUGCUGGAGAAUGGCAUCCCAGCGCCAUUGGAGCAGGACCACCAGAAGGACCAGGUCAAAGAUGGGUCCCAGGAGCCUUCUGGGGAGACGCCCCCUGCCAGGUCAGGACCGGACAGCUCCGCUGACACCCCCCUGCUACCCGUGGUUGAGCUGGACCGGGGUGAAGAGGAGCUGGUUACAGUCACUGUGUCAGCAACAGAAAACGCAUCCAAGGCUGAGGACAGUGCAGGUGAGGAGGCGGACAAAGAUCUGGACUGCGUGACGCCCACCUCGAUCGACCCAGAAGAAAUCGAAGUGGAGGUGAACUUCAAGCCGGAUCCCACCGACCUGGUGCUGUCCAGCGUGCCUGGGGGGGAGCUUUUCAACCCGCGCAAGCAUCGCUUCUCCGAGGAGGAGCUCAAGCCGCAGCCAAUGAUCAAGAAGGCGAAGAAGGUGUUUGUGCCCGAAGACCAGAAGGACGAGAAGUACUGGCAGAGACGAAAAAAGAACAACAUGGCGGCCAAACGCUCGCGCGACGCCCGCCGGCUGAAGGAGAACCAGAUCACGGUGCGCGCUGCCUUCCUGGAGCAGGAGAACAUGGCACUACGUCAGGAGGUGGCCGAGCUGCGGAAGGACUACGGGCGCUGCAAGAACGUCGUGGCUCGCUACGAGGCCAAAUACGGACCGAUUGCCCCAGUCGAAACAGAGGUAGAAGACCAGUGAGAAUUUAUUGAUUUAUUGAUUCAUUUGUGGUGGUGUGGGAGGGGGAGUGAAAUAAAUGAAUUAAUAAAUACAUAAAUUAAGCAGAGGAUGAAAAACAGUGAGCGGACACUGGAAGCAGGCGAAUGAAGAGGAGGACAGGAAGCUGGUGUGUGUGUGGGUGACAAACUGCGGACGAAAGUGUGUGGCGAUUUGUUUAUGAUUAGUGUUUCCUUUUUUAUUGAUAUGUCUUUUUUUGCCUUUGUUGUCGGUCUUUGUGUGUGUCUGUCUAUGAAAUUGUUCUGUCUGUGUUUCUGAAUAAUUAAUUUUACCGGGAACCCGGAAAGGGGCGACACGUUCGCCCAUGUAAGCCUCUUCCUUACAGCAGGACGCGUGGGCAGGUUUAGGAAAACAAAACACCGAGUCCCACAAAGACAGUUAGAUCGAGCUUUGCAAUAAUUUCUCAAAAUUUCAGACUUUUAAAAUGGACAUUUUUAAGUUUUUGUAUGUUUUUUUAAAGGUGGGUGUACAUUUCGAUGGAUGUACUCUUUUAUAUUAUACAUAGAAAAUGUUAAAUUAUAGGCUAUUUGUUCCAUUGUUGUAUCGAAGAAAACUGGUUUCUGUAUUUAAGUUAUGGGGAAAACCAGUUACUGAAAUAUUCACCUAUACAUACUUGCUCUAAAACAAAUGUACAUGUGUAUAUUUUACCCCAAAUAUACGUCACGGCUGCCCAGUUUCACACCGAAAUGUGAGGGGUGGACGAUGAAGCCCACUAAGGAUUAAAAUCUAAUUGGGUUUCAGUAUUUUUCCAAGUAUAAAAUGGCAUCCAGAAUGCUUUUACCACGUGUAAGCAUGUAUGUAUAUUUAUGUAAGUUAAAAAGAUGCAUUUCUUAGAAUCUGCAAAAAAAAACAAACGACACCCAGUGAUGAAAGUCUGAUGGACACCCAGUGGUGGAAAGGCCAGAGGGUGGGGGUCAGUGGUGCUGAACUGGCAUGCCGCAGUGACCCUGAGUACUGGAACUCCUUUCACUGGAUGCACUGGAUGUGUCGACCUCACAGGGACCUAAAUCCGUAAGUGUCUUGAGCCCAUACAGCACAAAGCCUUGUUCCCCGAAAGCAGGGCAGGAUUGUUACAUAUCAGAAACCAAACUCGACUCUAUAUCAGGGCCCUCACUUAUCUUUUGUUAAUUGAUGUAUAAUUUUGUUUGAUACUUAGUUUCAGGCUUAGUGCUGAAACAACAUUGUGUAUUUUUUUCUUUACAAUGUGUUAAUGUAUUGCUUCCUGUUUGGAUUACCAAGGCUUGAGGUACAUUUGAUGUUUUUUUUUUUGUAAUGUAUGAAUAGGAAACCUAAAUUUUGAGAUUGCAGGUUUUUGGUGUAAAAUAGGUUCUUGUUUAAAUUAAGCUUUAUUUUUUUGUACAGAAUCAUACCCUGGACUGUUCAGAUUGCAGAUUCAUUUUCGCCAUGGAAACUAUCAGGGUAGCAUGAUGGACAUGAAUUGUGACCAGCGUGUUGCAGGUUCCAGGCUCAGAAGACCCCAUUGUGAACUAUAUUGUAAAUUAUGUAAGUUACAUAAAUGUCUGAUAAGCAACCUGAAAAUAAAACUGAUUGUAUUUAUCUAUUA